AUGGCCGAGAACUGCACCCACUUCAGCGGCUUCGUCCUGCGGGGGCUCGCGGAGCGGGCGGGGCUCCGGGGCGUCCUCUUGGCUCUGUUCCUGCUCAUCUACUCGGCGACCCUCCUGGGCAACCUGGGCAUGAUCAGCCUGAUCCACGCAGAGCCGCAGCUCCACACGCCCAUGUACUUCUUCCUGAGCGUGCUCGCCAUCAUAGACUCCUCCUGCUCCACGGCAAACACCCCGGGACUGCUGGGGGGCUUGCUCGCCCCCAGCCAGUCCGUCUCCUUCGCAGGCUGCGUGGUCCAGAUGGCCCUCAUGACGCUCCACGGCACCGCCGAGUGUCUGAUCCUGGCCGUCAUGGCCUAUGACCGCUUCGCCACCAUCUGCCGCCCUCUGCUCUAUGGCAGCCUCCUGUCCCCACGUCUGUGUGUCCAGCUGGUGGCGGCCACCUACACAGCUUCUGUUGCCAGUUCAGCUUUGCUGACCAGGAACGUCUUCAGCCUGCCCUACUGCGGCCCCAACAUCAUUAACCACUAUUUCUGUGACAUCCCCCCGGUGCUCCAGCUUGCGGUCUCCUAUGGCUUCAUCCUGGUGACCAUCUGCAGGAUGCGCUCCCUGGACGCUCAGAGCAAAGCCCUCUCCGCCUGCACCUCCCACCUCGCCCUCAUCUGCCUCUUCUACGGCACCGCCACUUUCAUGUACACCCAGCCCAGCUCGCGCAGCUCCGCGGAGCAGAACAAGGUGGUGUCUGUCUUCUACACAGUCAUCAUCCCCAUGCUGAACCCUCUGAUCUACAGCCUGAGGAAUAAAGACGUGAAGGCUGCUCUAAAGAAGAGAUGCCUUGGCCUGCUGCCUUCUCAACCCCGGGUGGAACAUUCUGUCCCCGAGUUAUAA